AUGUCCGCUGCUUACAAAAUUGUCCCCCAAUUCUUCAUUGGUCUGCGCAAUGGAGCUUCCAUCAUACAGUCCAAUAAAUAUCUUCGAAAAUAUGAGCCCAUUGAAAUUGUUUUACAAACGCUUUUUGGUUGCGUUACUGUAAUAUUGGUGAUAAGAAUCCUCAAUGCACUCUCUCGAGGCUUUCGAAUCAAGGCUUUUUUGUUCAAACUUGUCACCAGUCUCCCAUAUCUACGCGGAAUUAAAAAUAGAGAGCUCCGAGAAGCUAAGAAGUGCGUUUUCGAAAGUGUUCAUGGCAAACUUGACAAGCUUGGAUAUCGAACCUCUUUACCCUCGUCAUCUAACUCAAUCGGUGAAGUUCUGAAGAUAGCAGAGUCCUAUAGCUCAGGUUCUGUUGUGUCGUGGAAGGACGGACGAAUGUCAGGGGCUGUCUAUCCUCUCAACGAUGAAUUGAAUGAAUUACUAAUUGAAAUUCAAAAGAUGACCCUCUGGUCCAAUCCUUUGCACGUGGAUGCCUUUCCGACUAUUCGUCGCAUGGAAGCGGAGGUGGUUCGGAUGUGUCUUACUAUGUUCAAUGGGGAUUCUAAAAGUUGUGGCACUAUGACUUCUGGUGGCACAGAAAGCAUAAUGUUGGCAUGUUUGGCCUAUCGCAAUCGUGCCUACAAACUUGGUAUCAAUGAACCCGAAAUGGUCAUUCCCGUCUCAGCUCAUGCCGCUUUCGACAAGGCCGGCAGUAUGAUGAAUAUUCGAAUAAAGAAGAUUCCCCUUGAACCCAAGACAUUCAAAGUCGAUUUGAGAGCUAUGAAACGUGCUAUCACACGAAGAACCUGUAUGCUCGUCGGAUCCGCUCCUCAAUACCCACAAGGAAUCAUCGACGAUAUUGAGGGAAUAUCUAAGUUGGGGGCUUCACGAUGCAUUCCAGUUCACGUCGAUUGUUGCCUAGGUGGGUUUCUAGUCCCCUUUAUGGAGGAGGCUGGGUUCCCCCUUGACCUGUUCGAUUUUCGUCUCCCCGGUGUUACCAGCAUCUCCUGCGAUACCCACAAGUAUGGAUUCGCAGCAAAAGGCUCCUCUGUGAUAAUGUACCGCAGUAAAGCGCUUCGAAUAAACCAAUUCUUCCUCCUUCCUGACUGGUCGGGUGGAAUUUACGCAUCUCCGACUUUUGCUGGAAGUCGUUCGGGCGCUCUCAUUGCAGCCUGUUGGUCGGCGAUGAUGUACUUCGGUCGGGAGGGCUAUGUAAGCUCCACUAGGCGUAUCGUCUCCACGGCUCGCAUCAUUGCUAAGGGGGUGGAACGAACCCCCGGACUACGCGUGUUGGGUGAUCCGAAGGUGAGUGUGGUCGCCUUCACGUCGGACGCCUUUGAUAUCUACCAAUUGGCGGAGUUGAUGUCACAUCAUCCUGACGGCUCGCCCAAUUGGAGUCUCAGUGUCCUCCAAUAUCCUCCGGCAGUGCAUCUCUGCGUCACUGAUCUUCACACCCAACCUGGAGUCGCGCAACUCUUCCUUGACGAUCUCAAAACGGCAGCUGAGCACUUACUCAAUGCUCCCAAGAGCGAAUCCACUGGCAUGGCGGCAAUUUACGGGAUGUGCGCAAAAAUCCCCGAUCGCUCACUGGUCGCCUCUGUGGUGGCGAGUUUCCUCGACGCCUGCUACGCAACCGAGGGGCUUGAUGACUAG